CGAAAACCUAUUAGUUCACAAGCCACUUCUGCAAUGGCACGUUGCGCUUACCGGAGCUUGGCUUCAUCCCACUCGUUGUUCAACUUCUCAGGAAAUGAUAUGUAUCAACCCUUCAACCAUCAUAAACUCGUUUGAGUGCCAGAAACCCGGCUUGCAGUUUUCUUGUCACCAUUCCUCGCAAAACACAACCCAAGAACACCGACCCAAAGACCAACCAUGGAGGACAACAAUUCCUCACCGCAACCGCCGCCACCACCACAGACAACCCACCCAGAACUCUCCUACACCACCAUCCCCCUCAACACACCCGCCACCGAAAUCCGCCUCCUCGAGCUCUUCCCCUCCGCCGAAUUCCCCUCCCCGCUCCACUGCCGCCUCUACAACACGCCCAUCUCCUCGCCCGCGCCCUUCAAAGCCCUCUCCUACGCGUGGGGCAGCGACGACAAGACGCAUCUGAUUUACAUCGACUCCAACAACAACACCAGCGACAACGGCAACGAUGCAGAUGCAGAUGCAAGCCUCGCAAACCUCACAAGCGGGGUUAGCGUUUCUUCUGGUGACGAGGUCGAUGGCGGUGGGACUGGGGCUAGGGCGGCUGGGGCUGGGAGAGGGGAGGGAGAGGAAGCACACGCCAAAAUGACACCAACAAAAAGGUUGUGUAUAAUCCGCAUCACCUCCUCGCUAGACACCUGCCUCCGCCACUUAUGAGCGAUUCACCACCGCGACCACCCCCUGACCAAGCUAACCCUCUGGAUCGACCAACUCUGCAUCGACCAAUCCAAUUCGGACGAGAAAGCUGUGCAAGUCGGCCUCAUGAAUCAGAUAUACUCGCGCGCCGAGCAGGUGCUGAUCUGGUUGGGUCCGGAAGCGGACGGGUCAGAUGAAGUGAUGGACUCAUUGGCGGAGCUUGGGAGGGAGUUUGAGAGCAUUGGGGCGGAGGCGGGCGAUGCGGAGAGGAUUGAUGAAUUGGUGAAAAAGGUUAUAUUGGGUGGUGACGGUGAAAAUGCUGGGGAGAAGAGGAAACGGGGGAAUGGGGAAGGUGUGGGAGAGAUGAAGAAGAAGGAGGGG